AAGCUGAGGCAUUGUAAUGGCAUCAAGUGGAAGUGGAAGUGGAACAGGAACACGAUCCUCUGUUGGUAGUCAUGAAACAGAAAAUGAAGAAACUGAGUACAGGAACCCCAAAUAUCCAUUGUGGGUUCAUGUUACCAGAUAUGUGACACCCGGCCGUGGAGGCAAUGCGAGAUUUAGGUGUCAUUUUUGUGAAAAAGAUUAUCCGGGCAGCUAUUCAAGAGUGAGGUCUCAUCUUCUAAAGGUGAGAAAUACGGGUGUUGCGAUUUGUGAGAAGAUUUCGUACCCUAUCCUUGAGCAACUUCGCAAGGAAGAUCGUGAAGCUACAGAGGUUGCAACAACUAGAGCCCCUAGGAAUAAGCUACUUCGCUUACCCCCUUUUGAAGAUUCAGGCUUGCCACCAUCAUCAAAGAAAAGAAAAGGGAAGCAAUCAGAGAUUUCAGAAAGUUUUAAUGCUGAAACCCGACACAUUGCCGAUGGUCAUAUUGCAAGAUUGUGCUACACUGCAGGGCUACCUUUCAAUGUGGCAAGGAACCCCAAUUAUCGGGCUUCUUACAAUUUUGUUGCAAACAACAAAAUGGGUGGUUAUGUGCCUCCGGGAUAUAAUGCAUUGAGGACAACUCUUCUCCAAAAAGAGAAGGCACAUGUUGAGAGGAUGCUUCAACCUAUCAAAUCCACUUGGCCCUUCAAAGGAGUGACUAUUGCAGCUGAUGGGUGGACUGAUCCAUAAAGACGCCCAAUUUUAAAUUUUAUAGCUGUGACAGUGGGUGCUCCAAUUUUUCUAAAAUCAAUUGACUCCGAAGGAGAGGUGAAAAGCAAGGAAUAUAUCUUCGAUAGGUUGAAGGAGGUGAUAGAGGAAGUUGGAUCAAAGAAUGUGGUCCAAGUGAUCACUGACAAUGCGGCAAAUUGCAAAGCCGCCGGAUUGAUGAUUGAAUCAAAGUACAAGAACAUCUUUUGGACUCCUUGCGUUGUGCACACCCUCAACCUUGCAUUGAAGAAUAUUUGUGCUCCAAAGGACGAUGAAGGCGACAAUAAAGAACUUGUUUGGAUCAAACACAUCUCAGAAGAUGCCUCCUAUAUCAAGAAUUACAUCAUGAAUCAUGGCAUGAGGUUGUCCAUGUUCAAUGAGUUUACCAAACUCAAGUUUCUUGCAGUUGCAGAAAUAAGAUUUGCUAGUGUCAUUGUCAUGUUGAAGAGGUUCUUGCUUAUCAAGGAAGCAUUGGUGCUCAUGGUUGUUGGUGACAAGUGGAUGGCUUAUA